GACGCAGCAUCGCAGCCGCCGCCACCGGUGCCGUACAAACUUAGCCAUUGCUAUCGCCGCGGCUCCACAGAGCUCUCAACCAGAGCGACCACCAUCCAUCUGAUCGCCCUCCAUCUCCCUCCUUUCCCCGGCCCGCUCGCCCCCAAUGUCUGACUCUGACUCUCGUACUGAGAAGCGCAAGAAAAAAAGACCAAAUGGCAAAGCAACCGUCAGAUCUAAAUUCUGAAUGCCACAGAGAAGGUGGACAAUUACACCCUACAGAAAGGCCUACUCAGCCUCAACAACUCAGACCAGGGGCCCCUACCUCUAUACAAACACAGUAUCAAGGUAAUUCAGGUGAAGGGGACAGCUGCUCACCCAGCAGCCCUCAGGGACCAUUUGCACCACCCACUAGCCCUAGUCCGUUUGCUACCAGAUCCCCACUUUUCAUCUUUGUAAGAAGAUCCCCACUGCUGCCUCGAUCUUCCAGUGGGUAUUUCUCUUUUGACACAGACAGGAGUCCAGCACCUAUGAGUUGUGACAAAUCUACACAAACUCCAAGCCCUCCUUGUCAAGCCUUCAAUCAUUAUCUAAGUGCAAUGGGUAAGCAAGAUCAUGCUUCCAUGAGGCAGUCUCAGUCAAUACCUGCAGAUAUGCGGCCAGAAAUUUGGAUUGCACAAGAAUUGCGACGUAUUGGAGAUGAGUUUAAUGCUUAUUAUCCAAGAAGGGCAGUGUGGCAUGGUUUCAAGAGCUUUGGGAUUGGAGUUGAAGUCAGCUUUGAGCCCCAGCUCUGCUACUUUUGCCAGCUGUGUAACCUCAGGGGUUUUUGGAUAAUAACUAUCAAGCGGAUCACCAAAUGGUUAUUUUACGCCUGUUACGUUACAUCAUCCGCCUUGUUUGGAGAAUGCAGUGAUGUUUCUUUGAGAAGCAAGGAGUGCACAGAAACUUUUUACUUGCUACAAGUCAUCUUCAUAUCAUUACUAUGCAAUCAACAGGUUUUUUCCGUAAAGGACAGAGGGGCAGUAGGACUCCUUAUUUUUGAAGACACCUGUACGUGAACUUGAAAGUGGAUUUUGUUCAUCACUUAACAAAAUUUUAUAAAAGGGAGUUCAUGGUGAAUGUAGAUGAUGGAUUUUUUUUAAAUGUAUCAAUCACCAUUCUUUGAAGUAGGACUUUAUGCAAGAGUGGUGUUUACAUUGGUGUGUUUUUCAGCUUCUUUAAUAAGAAGAAACAAGUUUUCAAAAAGGAAAUGGAAACUUUUUGACAAACUCAUGGAUGAUUUUUGUACUAAAUUUUAAGAACCUGUUGCUUAGUCUCAAAAGAGGACGAUGUGUAUAUAUCCUGCAGUGGAAACUGAGCCGGCUAAUAAUUUGUAAGCUGCCUUAGUUUGUUUUGGGGGGAUUAUUGUACAGUUUUCUUUUCUUCUCUUUUCUUUUCAGCUGGGAGAAGUGUGUCUCCCCUGUUGUUCUGUCCUCUUUAGUCUGUACUAUCUUUAUACCAAAAUCAGCAUAAUAAAAUGGAGCUGGUUAAAAAGGGGUAGGUUGUCAACCUACACCAACAUGCUUCUCCCUUUGUAAAUACCUAACCUCUCUUUAAAUUUAUUUGCAUCUGUGGCCAAUUGACUGUCCAAGGGGUCAAACUUGAGGCUACCUUCAAGCACUCUCUAUCUUCUUUGGGGAGUCUCCAGUUGUCCUGAUUGCCCGAUGAUAUAACUAAACAGGAAAUGCCUUGCCAGCUGAGGUGGGAUUGGAGGAAGCUCCUUCACUUGACAGUUUCAAAAGACUUAUCAGUGAGAUUUUAUUUAGAAUCUCAUUAACCUAUGAUGCCUGAUAUCCUCCGACUCAAAUUCCUUUGGAAGUACAGGUUUAAUUCUGGUUUCGCCAUUACCAUAGAAAAAUUUAAUUGGGCAUAAUGAUGAAAUGUUCCAAUAUAUUUAAUGUCUCAAGCCAUCUCUCAGCCUUUGAGUGCCAUUUUCCUCCUUACCUUUUAGUUUCACAAGUAGAUUUUUAAAUGAAUUUUAUGCACCGGUCAUCAGUGCCUCUUCCAUGACAGGUGCAGUUUCCCUUAGAUGUGAUCCUACUCCUGAUGAUACUCUUUUACAUCUUGAAAUUGCUACAAAGUCAGGACUAGAAAAGUCACAGAGUAAAUCUAAAGAGGUUUCUGUUUAUUUUUAAUUGAUUUCAAAGAAAAAAGGUCCAUGGAGUUUGCAUUGUGUAUCCACAAAUAGGAGAGGGAGGUCAGAUGGUUUGGGGGACUGUUUCAUGAACCCCACAACUUUUUCAUGAUGAAAAAUCAGCCUUCUGAGCAACUUUUUGUUUCAAAGUUCUUUUUGGAUUGUCAAGUUUCAGCAGUGCCAACAGCUAUUGUAUUCGCUUUUGCCCCUUAGAGGAUCCAGUGUUCCUGUAAUUCUGCUUAACAAUUGAAGAAAAAAUAUGUUGAAUAUGUGGUUUUGUAAUUACAUACACUUUUUCUUUUUGGUAUAUCCAUCUUUUCCAUGUAUUCAGAGAAUUUUUUCUUUCUCUUACACUGAAGGAUAUUUCUUUCCCUCUUAGUGAUUUGGAAUCAGUCAUAAGAAUUGUGUUGGAUCUCAGCUGUGGUUUCUUGAAUUAGUCUUGAAACCUUAUUUAGUAAGGUCACAUUGUCAAUUGGUUGUGAGAAUGAACAGAGACUGUAACAAAGUAUUAGAAUUUGUGUACCUUGCUGGACACGCCAAAGAUGUUUGGUUCCACCUGAAUCCCUUACUUGGAUAUCUAUGGUCAUUUGCUAAUUUCUACAACUGGAGCACUUUACUUCUGUUUCUUUUAACUAUACAUCUCCCCUGGGAUUUGGAAGCAAUGCAAUUUAUAAAAGGACAUUUUUGUAAGGCUCUGCUGGUUCAGUGCCCCAGUGGGGAUUCAUGUCCUUUCUUGUACAUUUACCUCAAGCAUUGUAUGCAGCAGGUUUGCCUUCAUUGCUUCAGGCUGAUAAUGUAAAUAAGCCUAAUAAGGAGCUAGAAAAAUUCUAUGAAUUAUGGAAGCAGUAAAGAACAGGAUGUUGGCACCAUGAGUUUGAGAGAAAAAUACAUUUCUCUGUACUGUAUCUCUUAGAGAUCACGAUGCCUCCUGCAGGAGUAUACCUUGGGUAUACUUUUUUUUUUUUGAAGAAAGAACUCGUUCCACUUUUUGAAAACAAUACAGAUUUUGUGCCUUGACAACCUCUACCCAUGUUGGGUUUGUAGUAAGUCUCCCAUGGCAUAACACUGAAAUGCAAUAAGCAAAUACAAAAUAAUUUCAUGAUGAAUUUUUCAGAUUACAUAUCUUUUCUAUCCUGCCAAAACUUUAUGAAGAAUUUUCUUUGGUUGUGGAGAAACCAGUUUAAAUUUCUUCUGACAUAAAAAUUUGUCUAAAAAUUUCCCCUCAUUCCCUCCCUUUAAACCCCUCUUCUAUUUUAUUGUAAAUACUUAAAUAUUUAUUAGCUUAGGAAUCUUUUCUUUAUCUUAUCAACUGAGCCAAAUGUCUGUGUGCAAUUGUGUGUGGUUCUUUUGUCCUUUCUGUAAGAUUUUGUAAAUAAGUAAAAAAUCACUGUUUUCUAAACCUCUUAUUUUUUUUUUAGAAUUUGCAUUUGUAAAUAUGUAGAUUCUUUUCUGUGUAAUGUGUUCUACUGUUUCAUAAUGCUGUAACUUGUAGGAAUAUUGUAUAUUUAUUUUCUGCUUAUUUAAUUUCUCAAGUUUGUAAAGUUAUGCAUUCCCUUUCCCUCCCCAAGAUUAUCUGCUUUAACACAGAAGGAGUGAUUGAUCAGUUUAACGCACUGUCUCUUUCAGUGCUGUCGGUAUGGUUUUUCUACUGUGGUCCUCCAGACUUCAUUCUUGUUCAUUUUACUUUUAUUAAACUUUUAGGCUUUGCCGAUUGUGGUUUUUAGCGCUGAGGGAGCUGAUAAUAGCCAAAUGCUGGAAUCUACUCAAAGCAUUAGCCAAGCUGUUGCAGUUGUAAACCAUAGCAGAUUAUGUUUGCUCUAAGUCCCAUCUUCAGGUAUAAAUAUAUUUAGCAUUUGGGAAAAGUUUACAGCCACUGAUUUGUCAGUGUUGAGAAAAACAAAAAGAUGAUCAGAUUAUAAAGGUUGCCGAAGUUUGGGAUCCAUGGGAUAAGCGGACAAAAGAUCAACUACCGUGCUUGGUUCCCCUGGCAUUUUUUCUCCUUCAUUUGUUAGGAAGGAAACAAGACUAAGAUCCUGUGUUUUUGUCUUUUUACUUUGUCGCACCCCCCACCCCACCCCCAGCCACUUCACUGGUAGCAAGCUGAUGGGGGUAUAAGUUCCCUUGUUUUAAAAUCUUCCUUGUGUGGUUUACUUUGCAGUUAGAACAUGGUUUAUCCUGCCUGCCCCUCAAUGGAAUAGUAAUCCACAGUAUUUCUAUAUUCCUAUUAGUUUGGCCUUGGUUUAAUUUGUACUUCCCUCAAAAGAGAUUAUUUUUGAGUCCAAAUGAAAAAUCUUUAAUUGACUAUUAGGAUGUGCUAAGUUGUGAACAUUUUAAGAAAAUGUAUUUACUGAUAGGUUCCAUAUAUAACAAGCAAAAAGCUCUGCUUUUGCAGCUUAGCUUGGUGCCUACAUGUGUGUCAAUUACUCAGCACUCAUACACAUGAUAUAUGGGAGCUUUAGUGCAUGCACACAGGUAAAUCAGCUGUGUAACUUGAUAUUUACACAUGCACACAUUUCCUUACACAAGAAGCACCCUCAAGUUCUCAUGUAAAUAACUUGACUACUUAGGUAUUUUUUUUUGGAUUUCAGAGGUUGUAAACAUUUUGUACCCUGGUUUCAAGACCACUAAUACUGUGUACAAACUCAUCAGGUACCGUUAUGUACAUAGCACUGAUCUGUAACUUAGACUGAUUAAUCACUUACUUUGUUUCAUAGGACCCAGCAUAUGUAGCAUUUUUAUUGCAAUUUCCCUGGCUUACUUGUGUUUUGCACUGAUGAAUUUUUGACAGGGUAAUUGUCACUUUACUUGUGCAAUACUGCUGUAAAUAACUGCAGAUUUUUUAAGGAAAAACUCAGUCUUUUAUGUUCUUUAAUAAUGAAUUUUAUAUAAAUAAAACCUUCAACUAGUU